AUGCUCAAACGAAAAAAAAAGGAAACAGAUUAUUCUUAUGGAAAGUUCGAAAAUUAUGGUUACUCAAAAAAGAUAAGCAACGAAGUAAAAGUUUCACUUAAGGAAGGAGAAAAACUUAGCAGUAAAUUUAGGAACAGAGGUUUAACAAGAGACAAAAGAGCUACAGUAAAUUCAGUGCUUGAUAAUAGAACGUUACUUAUUUUAAAAAAGUUAAAAGAUAAUUUAUUAAAUGAAAUAUAUGGAGUUGUUAGUUCUGGAAAAGAGGCCUAUGUUUUUAAUUCACUCAAAAUUUUAAAUAAUGAAGAACUGCAUUAUGUGGAAGAAAUAUUGUUAACGUAUAUGGAAAAAAGGUACAAUCGCAGGGGGGAUAGUGCCCCCAGUGGGAGAGGGGAUGAAUGGGAAGAAAGGGAAGAAAUAGAAGAACUUGAAGAAACGGAUGAAAAUGAAGAAAUUGAAAAAGUGGAAGAAAAUGAAGAAAUGGAAGAAAUGGAAGAAAUGGAAGAAAUGGAAGAAAUGGAAGAAAUGGAAGAAAAUGAAGAAAUGGAAGAAAUGGAAGAAAUGGAAGAAAUGGAAGAAAUGGAAGAAAAUGAAGAAAUUGAAAAAGUGGAAGAAAAUGAAGAAAUGGAAGAUAUGGAAGAAAUGGAAAAAAGAGAAGAAUAUGAGUUGUACGAAGGAAGUGAACAAUGCGACUACAGCGCACUUCCCAACGGAAACGAAUCCCCAGGAAGUUGUGAGGCAGAAGGAUACGUUAACCUCGGACAAGAGAACUAUUCGCCCAGAAGACAAAUUUCACAUAGCCAUUCCGAAAAAAGGGAAGAUAUGAAAAUGGAGGACGUAGUUAUGCUAAGGGAGUCAGAGGAAACUUUUGAUAUAAUAGAUAUUUUAGGAAAAAUAAGUAAAAUGAAAUAUAAAAAUGACAAUUAUAUUUCUACCAUAUUUAAAGAGAAAAAAAAAAAAAAAAAACAAGUGGUCAUAUCUUUUGCCACGAAAGUGUAUAAUACGUCUAUCCUAAUUUUUAAAAAGAGAUCACAAUAUAUGGAAGGAGAAUUUCGAUUUAGAAAUGCCUAUACCAAAAAUAGAAACCCCAGAAAAAUGGUAAAACAAUGGUCAGAAAAAGAAUUUCGAAAUUUAAGACGAAUAUUAAUACACGGAUUAAGAUGCCCAUAUCCGUUAGUUUUAAAAAGUAAUGUUAUUGUAAUGAGUAUGUUAGGUACUUUAGAUAGGGCGUGUCCAAAAAUGAAAGAUUUAAAUUUGAGUGUAAUAAAAUGGAAAGAAUUAUAUGUUGAAUGUAUUUGCAUUUUACGAUUACUAUUUUGUAAUUGUAAACUUGUGCAUGCAGAUUUUUCCGAAUAUAAUUUACUUUAUUUUUGUAAUCAUAUUUAUAUUAUUGAUGUCUCCCAAUCAAUGGAACAUGAUCAUCCAUUCGCCUUAGAGUUUUUAAAAAGAGAUUGCUUGAACAUUACAAACUUUUUUAAAAAAAAGAUCGGAAAUGUUGGAAAGGAGGAGAAAAGAGGUGAUGGUGGCAAUGUUGAUGGUAGUGGUGAUAGCGGUAAUGUUGAUGUUGAUGAUGAUAAUAAUAAUAAUGGCACGCACCAAUUAUGUAACGAAUACGACUGUAAGAAUCUCAAUGAAGAUUACAUUUCAAGGAUCCAAAAAAGCUAUAUAUACAAAAAUACGGCAAAAAUGAACUGUAAUAACAAUGUACUACCAUCUCGUGACGCACUACAUCAUGGUAGUAAUAAUAAUACUCCCAUUGCUAGCUUAGUAAAUGAAAAGUUCUAUAGUAAAGUGCAUAUUUUACCUUUGAAAAAAUUAUUUGAUUAUAUUGUAAGUUCCAACUUACCUGAAGAUAUAUCACAUUUUAUUGAAAAGGAUAAAAAGAAAAUAUUUGUAAAUCCUUUGGAAAUAAUGUACCUUCAAAUUUAUGGCUUAAUAAAAAAUACUACUUGUAUACCUAAAUUGGACUUUAAAAAGAUACGAACAAAUCGAAUUUAUUUUGAAAAAUUAAAAAGAGCUACAUGUUAUUAUGUAACAAAAAUUGCUGUAGAAAAAAAUAAUGAGUUACAUUUUAAAAAGUAUUGUUCUCACAAAGAUGAAAUAGAAGAACAAGUGUUCUUACGUUCAUGGAUCCCGGCAUAUUUGAAUGAAAUUACAGAUCUCAGAGCUAUUGAAAAAGACUUGAAACUUUUGAAAAAAGGAAAAUCAGUGGUUAGUCAGUUUGUCUCAAAUAAUGGAAACGAUAAUAUGGAUACGAGUCAUAAAAAAACAAAUAACACCCAUAGUGAAUUCAUAGAACGGUGUGAUCGGAACGAACUCAAUAAAUGUGUUGUUGCCACACAUUUUGAUAAUGAAAUUCGUAGAGAGCACCUCAAUAAUAAAGGCACCAUAUAUCUUGCGCAAAGAGGAGAAGCCACAGGAAGUUGUAAAAUCAAGCACAUACAGAGAGAAGAUUCUGCACAUAAAGAGAGCUGUGAAGAGGAUGUAUAUGAUGGGUGUGAUCAGCAUGAUGAGCACGAUGGGAACGAUGAACACAGGGAAAAUGGAGAAGAUAAAGAGAAUCGUAAGAACUAUAAGGAAGAAACAAUGCUGUCAUUAUUGAACGGCAAAAAAUUGUCAAAACCGUUUGAAAAUUUGACUUCUUUAAACGACUUAUCGCAUGUGCGUGAAUCAGAUCUGUCGGAUGUGCAUAAAUCAGAUCUGUCGGAUGUGCAUAAAUCAGAUCUGUUGGAUGUGCAUGAAUCAGAUCUGUUGGAUGUGCAUGAAUCAUAUCUGUCGGAUGUACACAAAUUAGACCAGUCGGAUGAGCAUAAAUCAGACCAAUCGAACAAUGAGAACUGUUGUUUGCAAAGUGAACAUGAAGAAAUCAAAUUCAAAGGAAUAAUUCCUGAAGGCGUUACAAGAAAAGAAUGGAGCAAGCUAGUGAAAAUACAAAAUCGAGAAAGAAGGAAACAUAAAAUUCCCAAGUAUCAGAAAAAAAAGAAAAAAAAGAAGGUCCACUCGAAAAAUAAAUAA